AUGUCCCGCAAUAGAGAUGCUAGUGGAGGCAGUGGUACUCAGACACCGCCUGAAAGAAAAGCAGGAGAAGACCAGCUCGAUGGUGCGGAUGAACACGGCCGUCAGGGCUCCUUCUUCUCCCGUCUAAAAGCCAUGGCUACACCAACCCACUCGCGCCAUCCUAGCGAAUUCACCAAUGCUUCAGUCUUGAUGACUCCUACAGAAGAGUUGGAAGAACCACAUUUCCCUUUCUACUCGCAGUCGCAGCAUGAUGGCAGCGAGGCCGAGGGUGAUAUCGAGGAGAGCUCAAUGGAUGAAGCUGCCGAGGGCCACGAACCUCGUCAGAAGCGCAAAGCCAGGAGAAAGAUGGAGAAGACGCCAUCCGCUGGUCCUUCGACACCACGUACUCCGCGCUUUCCUUCUUUCUUGCGCGACCACGCUGAUCGAACUCCACGCCUACCGCGCAGAGCCACCAUGACAGACAUUCCUGAAAAUUCAAGAGCAGGCGUUAGCGAGGAUGAAGGCCGCGAUCGUCUUGCCAAAAGUGCCUGGAGGCGUGGUCUCGAGGGCGCGCGAGGUCUGAGUUAUGCACCUCGCAGUAGCAGACCUACAAAUGAUGCUGCUGAGCAGUCUGACUCCAAUCGUCCAACCACUUCGAGGAGAUUCACUGGAUUCGGUGCACUUGACGGUUCAGCCUCACCGUGGAGAGGCCGUGGAGAGCGCCAGCAGAGCACCAGUGCUCAAAAAUGGAAACAAGUCAAGGCUGGUUUGAAACUGCUUGGUCAACGCAAGAAAGACGAGCGAGUCAAAGUUGACCAUCAAAAGUCUACAGAACUCAUGGCUGAACUCCUUGCUGGUUCACCCGCUGCUAUCUUCCUGGCCAGCAUGUACCAGCGUGAUGAACAUGGUCGUCGCAAGAUUCCUGUCUUGCUUGAGCAACUCAAAAUCACCAUUCCUUCAAGUCAGCAACGCGAGAGCAAGUCUGGUGAUCGCCAUAUGGUCUUCACCAUCAAUCUUGAAUAUGGAAGCGGGCCUUCACGUAUGUCGUGGACCAUCCACCGUUCUCUCAGAGACUUUAGCAAUUUGCACCUCAAGUACAAGUUUCAAAGUCAGUCAGAGCGAUACUCGAUACUCAAGACCGACGAUCGCUCGAAAGCAAAGAUUCCUCGAUUCCCCAGAAGUGCUUUCCCAUACCUUCGUGGUGUGAGAGGUCUGGCUGAUGACGAGGAGGAAGACGAUGAUAACGCCAUAGCUGAACAAAGCGGUCCUGAUGGUGAAGCCAGUGGCCCUGAUAGGCCUGGUAUGAAGAAGCGACGUAGAACGUCGUUUGCUCUAUCCAGACGCAAGUCAAGCACUGGACAUGCGUCUGGUCCCGAUGGUGUAACUGGCGAAGUCGCGCGAGCUGGCAGUAUUGCAGGUGCCGCAGGAGGUGCUAAAGCCAAGGAUCUGUACAACGAGCGUCAACGCAGGAAGCUCGAGAACUAUCUGCAGCAGAUGAUCAGGUGGCUAGUCUUCCGCCCUGACAGCACACGAUUGUGCAAGUUCCUCGAACUUUCAGCUCUAUCUUUGCGUUUGUCAGUAGAAGGCGGCUAUCACGGCAAGGAGGGCUUGAUGUCCAUCAUCUCCAAGCCCAACAUUGACCUGCGUAGAAGGCCUGUCACUGGUUCAGUCUCGGCUUUCAAGAGAAAUGCGGAACCCAAAUGGUUCAUGAUCCGCCACAGCUACAUUGUUGCCUUGGAUAGUCCCGAGUCACUAGAGCCGCGCGAAGUCUUCCUGGUAGAUGGCGAUUUCACUACCGACAAGGCGAGCAAAAAGCGAUUGAGAGACCAAACAGCAGAAGAAUUGGCCAAAACUGCUGGCAAUGCCACACAACCCAAGCACCACAUACUUCGUCUGUACAACUCGGAGCGAAAACUGAAGAUGUUGGCCAAGAAUGAGCGCCAACUAGUGCAAUUUCAGGAGUCUAUUGAUUACAUGGUAAAAAACACAAUCUGGUCGCUAAAACAUCGCUUCGACAGUUUUGCGCCGGUCCGCAAGAAUGUCUUUGCCCGCUGGCUGGUUGAUGGCAGAGAUCACAUGUGGCAAGUUUCGCGAGCCAUUGACAAUGCGAGAAGCUUUGUGUACAUCCACGACUGGUGGCUCAGUCCUGAACUCUACCUUCGCCGACCAGCUGCCAUCAGUCAGAAGUGGCGUCUCGACCGUCUACUUCUUCGCAAGGCCCAAGAAGGCGUCAAGAUCUUCGUCAUCGUCUACCGCAAUAUCGAGUCUGCCAUCCCCAUCGACUCGGAAUACACCAAAGCCUCCCUCCUAGACCUCCACCCCAACGUCUGUGUUCAACGUUCGCCCAAUCAGUUCAGGCAGAAUCAGUUCUUUUGGGCGCACCAUGAGAAAUUGGUGGUGAUUGACAAUGCUAUGGCGUUCGUGGGUGGUGUAGAUUUGUGUUUUGGAAGAUGGGAUGACCCUCACCACUCCCUGACCGAUGACAAGCUCACUGGCUUCGAGUUGGACAUGGAAGGACCCAGGACUGCGGACAACUGUCAGGUCUGGCCUGGCAAAGAUUACUCGAAUCCCAGAGUCCAGGACUUCUACGGACUGGACCGCCCGUACGAGGAAAUGUACGAUCGCACAAAGGUGCCUCGUAUGCCUUGGCACGAUAUUGCCAUGACCAUUGUUGGCCAGCCUGCCCGAGAUGUGGCUCGUCAUUUCGUCCAACGAUGGAACUACAUUCUCAGACAGCGUGUGCCUUCUCGUCCUACGCCAAUUUUACUGCCUCCACCCGAGUUUGAUCAGAGUGAGCUUGAACGUCUCGGCAUGACUGGUACCUGCCAGAUUCAAAUCCUCCGCUCUUGCACAUCGUGGUCGAUUGGCACACCAAACAAGACCGAGUGCAGUAUCAUGAACGCCUAUGUCUAUCUCAUCGAAAACUCUGAGCACUUCGUGUACAUCGAGAACCAGUUCUUUAUCACAAGCUGUGUUGUCGAAGGUACCCAGAUCAACAACAAGAUUGGUGAUGCUCUUGUCGAGAGAAUCAUACUUGCCCAUGAGAGAGGUGACAAUUGGAGAGCAUGCUUGAUCAUCCCUCUGAUGCCCGGAUUCCAGAACCAAGUGGAUUCACAAGACGGAACUAGUGUUCGUCUCAUCAUGCAAUGUCAAUACCGCAGUAUCUGUAGAGGUGAAUCAUCCAUCUUUGCCAGAUUACGUGCCCAAGGCAUCGACCCUACGCAGUACAUUGAGUUCUAUGCUCUCCGACAAUGGGGCAAGAUUGGUCCUCGCAAGUGUUUGACCACUGAACAGCUCUACAUCCACGCCAAGUGUAUGGUUGUUGACGAUCGCAGUGUCAUCAUCGGAUCUGCCAACAUCAACGAGCGCUCCAUGCUGGGCUCGAGAGAUUCCGAGGUUGCUGCCAUUGUUACUGACCAAGAGAUGAUUCCUUCCUUCAUGGGGGGCAAGCCUUACGACGUCGGAACUUUCCCGCACUCACUUCGCAUGCGUCUUAUGCGCGAGCAUCUUGGAGUUGAUGUUGACGAAAUCUACCGUCGUGAAUGCGAAGCUGAGAGGGCUUUCCAAGACGAGGAGAUGGAACGUAUCUACAGAGACGAUUUCAUCACACCACCGGAGACUCCCGCAGGUGCUCACGGCCUGACCGAGGAGAAUUUGAACCACAACAGUGAGCGUGAUGGAAAGGCUGGUGUGUUGCACAACUUCCUCAACGAAACUGACAACGAUAACGCUGAUCAAAUGGAUGGUGCUGGCGGCAAGAAGCACUCUGGCGAGAAGUCCCAUGACCUCGACGUCGCCGGAUUUGGUACCGAUAACAUGAAGAACCUUGAGAACGUAGUCGACAUGUCUGCCAGAGAUACUUACAUCACAGCCGACGGCAGGGAAGUGCUCAAGAGCGCCAAUCUACUUGACGCUGCCACACGUCCCCGAUCCUCCUCAAUCAAGAGAGAAGUCAUCAACCACCAGAUCUACGAUCUUCCUCACAAUGCCACAGAGGCAGGUCGUCUAAUGCCCCCACCCAUGCCACCUCGUAUGAACACGCGCGAGCUUGGCUUGACACAGCUCUCGCAACUCCCACCACUUCCUGUCUGCGAUGACUCGGACAUAGGUGGCCCGUCGUUAGUCCAGGAGGUCGAUUCUGAGAAUGCUCACAUCAUCAACCCACUCCUCAACUCCAUGAUGCGACCUGUGGUUGACGAGGACUGUAUGCGCGACCCGUUGGCCAACGACUUCUACAAGAAGAUUUGGCACCAGGUAGCUGAAAACAAUACUCGCAUCUACCGUCAAGUCUUCCGUUGCAUGCCGGAUUCCGAAGUUCAGUCGUGGACCGAGUAUCGCAACUUCAACACAUACAACGAGAAAUUCAUGCUGUCGCAAGGUUUGGGCGCGAGUAUGCCGCUUCCCAAGCCUGCCGGAGAUGCACCCGAUUCUAGUGGUCCUCCUGGCUCUGGCGGCACCGAUGUCCUCUCAUCCGUGGCCAACGUCUCAGAUCGCGCAAGCAAACAUGCCAGCAACAGAUUCAGUGGAUUGAGUAGGCUUUUUGGUGGCCGUCCCAGCACUUCUCACUCCAACGUCGCUGCAACCAAUGGCGACCUGAAUGAAAAGUCUGAGAAGCAAGGGAUGGACGGUGGCCCUCGUGCCUCUGAUUCUGCGCUCAACAAUGGCGCUGACGAUGCCGCCAACGAAGAGCCUUUUGACGAGAAGGUGGCCGCUCAACGCAAUGACACGGCCAACACGGACGCUACACUUGCACCACCACCACUUGAUGGCAUCCCCACCAACAGCAGUGCUAACGGAGCACCUGUCCGCGUUACAAAGUCCCGCACUAUACAAUUCCCCGAGAUGACCGAGAAGGAAAAGAACUUUGAGCCUGGUCAGGUUCAACAUGCGGCUACUGUCAGUGGCAGUGGAAACAUGCAACACAGCACCUCUAAGCGCAGACGUAAUCGUGCAAACACCAGAGGCAGUAUGAAGGCUACAGGCGCGUUUGAGCCCGAAGUCCUCACCAAAGAGGAGGCUGAGGGCUUGCUGAGGCUCGUUCAGGGGCAUUUGGUGACUUUCCCUUAUGAUUGGCUUGAGAGAGAAGAAAAAGGUGGCAAUUGGCUUUACAACAUUGAUCAACUUGCUCCUUUGGAAAUUUAG